ACGUUCUUUUGUCUUUAAAUUUUCUAUAUCUUUUUGUAAAAACUCUUCUUUUCCACUUCUUGGAUUAUGACUGUCUAGUUAGUAAUAGCAUCUCUCCCUAGAAAAGGCAUGUUAGUCCAUUGCACUGCUUUCGUCAUUGAAUAUUUGCAAAUUGACUGCUCAAUUGAAUGCACAGGUAUUGGGAUGCAAUUGUCUGUGAAUUUCAUUAUAGUUUUCUGGACUAUCCCUUUGCGAAAUUUCCUUCUUCUUUUAUUAGCUUUGGCUAAGUCAGGGAAGUCAUGUUAAAGAACACUUACUGAGUGUUGUGAUUCUUCAUUUUAUAUGUUUGCAGACCAUAAUGUAAUGAUUCACAUUUUAAUGACGGUUUAUGUAGCUAAUGAAAUUCUGAAACUUGAUAUUUGUAAAUGAGAUGAAAUAUAAUAAGUGUACAUGGUCCUUAUUAUCAGCGUACACAAAUGUGGAUUGCAUUUUUUCGGCCUUCUUGAAGGUAGGGGUAAGGUCUGCGUACACACUACCCUCCCUAGACCCCACUUGUGGGAUUACACUGGGUUUGUUGUUGUUGUACAGCUCAGGCAAGUCCAAGGAAAAAGGCACUUACAGAAAAAGCCAAUUGCAAGGAUACUUUCCAAAAAUACACAAAUACCACCCAAGAAAAAAACGCAAAUAUCAGAAUUCUACAAUCACUUAUAAUAUCAAUGAAAAGGCGUUCCCAUGAGUUCUGAUAGAAGUGAAGUGAGUUGUGUUUCAAUUUCUCUUAAAUGCUGAUUGUUCCUUUCCAUUGAGAUGCACUAAAAGAGACUUGCGGAGAUGUUUCUCCAUAUUCGUAUAUAUUUUUCUUUGAAGUGCAUUUUCCAGCCAUUAACAACUUCUCGACUGAUGGGGGGCAUAUAUCAUUGAACCCUGCCAGCACAACACAAGUGACCAGCACACUAAAGCUCAGGGACAAUGCAAUAGCAGAUGGUUAACAGUCUUCGGCCCCUCUGAAAAGAACACAACAGUUACUAACCAUAAUACUUCACAGACAAUCACCAGACUUUACCUGAAUCAUUGAUUAGAGAAGAUGAUUUAUAUUAUGAAAAUAUUAGAACUUCUGUUGCAAAGGCAUUUGGAGUGCAUAAGGAUGAAAGGACAUGUCCUGAUGCUCCAGCCAUAUUGCUCUUUAAUUCAGCUGAGAAUUUGGGAUGCAUAUAUUCCCUGCUUGAUAAGAUGAACAACAAGGGGUUAUGCUGUAUUGCGGAGACAGUAACUGGUGGUUCAAUUACUUUUGAGAAAACCAAUUGGCAAACGAGAAGGAUAAUAAAGCAAUUUCUUCCCAAAAUUCUCCAUAACCAUGAUGAUUCCAGUCGAAGUCGGAUUAAAAGAAUUUCUCAACUCCUCAAUGAUCCUCAAAACUUCCAUGUUAACCAUAGGGUUCUUUGUUCUACCUCCGAAUCCUUUCGCAGUGCUGCUAUUUAUAUACUGGAUAGACUUGAGGAGCUGUCUCUUCUAACUUUGAGUAAAAUGCUUAGAAAUCUCAGGGAUGUCUCUGGAUACAUCCCUAAGAUGCAGUCUAAACGAAUAGGGUGGAAUAAGGGAAAUUUUGUUAAACAAAUCAGGAGAACAUCUUUGGAAAUACUAUCAGACUAUGAAGAAGGAGAUGAGCCACCAGAACCCCUGGCCAAGGCUUUGUCCGUGGCAACCUUAAUGUUAAAGCCAAAAACUGAUUGUCCCUCUCAGAUGGUGUUCCAAAAACUUUCACCAGAUAUAGAAGCAUUGCAGAAUGAUAUAGCAAAAGCAAUCAGGAUGCUAGAUGAUAAAAGAAAAAUAAGUUUUGCGGAGCUGGGAAGUUUGCCGCUUGUACUGGAUUCGAAUGCUAGAGCUGCCAAAGAAAGUGUUCGUUUGCGUGUGAAAGUGAGGAAACUGUUGACUGAGUAUCUUCUCGAAUGCAGCGACUUGCAGUCUAUACCUGAAAGUUUACUAGAAAGUCUUGCUAUUAUUAACAAAACAUCUAGGCAUGCAUCUAAGAAAACCUACUCAAAUAAGGAGGUUGAAGAGGAAGUAGAAUGUGUGCUGAAUAUUAGUGCUCAGAUAAAACAAAUUGUUUGGGAUUUACUUGCUGAAAGUGAUGUCAGUGAAGACUUUGCUAAUGCAUACAUGGAGAACAUAGAGGAAACUUAUUUUGAAGCUGGUGAUGAAGAUGAGAAUCUUUCUGAUCAUCCUCGAAAUUUUAGGUCUGAUUCUAAUGUCUCAUACAGCCAAUUAGAAAGUGUGGGUGAGUUAAACCAAAGUGACUCCAAGUCUUUAUCCUCUCCGCUUUCACCCAAACACAAGUUGAACGUCAAACUUGAGUCAAUGUAUACCGAUGAAGUAGAUUCAGUUCAUUCCAAUUGGUUUGACAAUUCAUUGUCAUUCUUAGAAUCAAAAAGUUUUGAAGGUGCUAAGAGUAGGAGUGGAAAAGAUUACCAUUUUAGAAGCAUGGGCCAGCACGGAGGAAAGGAUUUGUGCCCAUCUAUGUCCACCAGAGAUCAAAAUAAAUUUUCUACACCUUUCUCGCCUAAUAAAGAAUCAGACAGGAACGAUAUGGAGCAAAAAGAAGCUGCAUGGCAUCUAGGAUGCAGGCCACCAAGAUAUACAUCGGAAGAGUGUUCAGAAGAAAAAAAUGCAUUGCCUCGCAGGAACAACUUGAGUAGAAAUCAGUAUCUUCUUAUUCAGGAAGCUUCUGAUGAUACUAGUAUGGUUGCUUACAGUCUUGUCGGCUGCAUGUUGAAUAAGUUUGCUCAGUUGGAUGGGCUACAGUUAUCUGAUGAUGAUGUAUCAUAUCUCCAAGGCAAUACUUCAGAUCCCAACAAUUUUGAAGUUCUCAAGGACAGGGGAAGCUCCUCUGAUGAGACCACUAACUCCUUAAUGCUACAUGUUCUUGAAGAGAUAAUUCCUUCAUUUCCGGACAGUGGUAAAGAGCAUCUGAAGGAGUUGUUGGGCGUGAGGUAGCUUCUGAAUCCUCGAGGCAUUGAUGGGAGCAUAGCCCAAGGUUCAAUUAUAUAGAAACUUACAUAGAUUUGGUUGGUGACGGUAUCUUGCAAGGACCGUGAUUUCUGCAUUGUUGGAAAGAGAUGCGCUUACACUUUUUUGGAAGUAGCUAGAAAGAUUGUCAGGGCUUCACCAACUGUGCACUUGAAUAGACACAUUACGACUCUAGCUGGAAAUCCAGUCUGAUGAACAUGGUGCUGAUGUUGCUUACACAAUGAAGGCUGAAUUUUGGCCAGAAGAGCAGAAAGUUUAUCCUUUUCUAGGCCUAGAUAUGUAUUUGUUUGUACUUAGUUAUUUGUUCACUUAUUUUUUUGGUUAAUAUUCGUAUUGGACAAGCAAGAAAAUAAAUUUCUGGUAAUAGAUAUGAUAUAUCGGCAUUUCAUUUAAUCUAAGAGAGAUGUAAACACUCGAUUUCUCAUGGGCGAUAGAUAAUUACAACCUCAGUGAAAUGCCAAUUUGAACAACUGAUGUUGGACUAAAUCUUAUGGAAAUCAGCGUUGUGUUUUUCACUUUUGUA